UUUAGUUUCCCUUUUUUGGAUGAUUAAACAGUGAUGUCAUCUCAAGAUUCAAUUACCACGGGUUUGAAGUGCAUGUUAAAAGGUGCAGCUGAUUUUCUUAUCAAACCUGUUCGGAGGAAUGAAUUGAGAAACCUCUGGCAGCAUGUUUGGAAAAGACACAUGCUAGCUGGUGGCGGUGUUCCUCUUAAGCUACCUGCUACAGAAAAUAAUGCUGAAACCAAUGCUGAGAGUGAGAGCGAGAGCAGCCAGUUCAGUGAUUAUGGGUCGUCUACACAGAAAAAUAAAGAAGAAAGUGAUACCAAAAACAAUUAGGUUAGCUUCAUUAAG